CUCCAAACAGCGUUCAGUCGUAUCGCUGCAGCUAAGAUCAUCGACCCCGGGAGGUCCUUGAGUUUCCCAACAUGAGUAGUUCAGAGGAGGUAUCGUGGAUUUCUUGGUUUUGUGGUCUGAGGGGAAAUGAGUUUUUCUGUGAGGUAGAUGAGGACUACAUUCAGGAUAAGUUUAAUCUUACGGGGCUCAAUGAGCAAGUUCCCCAUUACAGACAAGCGCUGGACAUGAUUCUGGAUCUUGAACCUGAUGAGGAGUUGGAGGACAACCCCAAUCAGAGUGACCUGAUUGAGCAGGCUGCUGAGAUGCUCUAUGGGCUGAUCCAUGCGCGGUAUAUCCUCACUAACCGCGGUAUUGCCCAGAUGCUGGAGAAGUAUCAACAGGGGGACUUUGGCUAUUGCCCACGUGUUUACUGUGAGAAUCAGCCAAUGCUGCCUAUUGGGCUCUCUGACAUACCUGGAGAAGCCAUGGUGAAGCUUUACUGCCCUAAGUGUAUGGAUGUGUACACGCCAAAAUCGUCCAGGCACCAUCACACUGAUGGAGCCUAUUUUGGUACUGGCUUUCCCCACAUGCUCUUCAUGGUGCAUCCUGAGUACCGGCCAAAGAGGCCUGCAAACCAAUUUGUGCCCAGGCUCUAUGGUUUCAAGAUUCAUCCAAUGGCUUACCAGCUACAGCUGCAGGCAGCCUCCAGUUUCAAGAGUCCCGUCAAAGCGAUCCGCUAAUAACCUGAAGAGGGGGUAGGAUUGGGAUCGGGUGGGUGAUAGUCUGUCUGUCUACAUGGCCCCACUCUUCUCUUACAUUUUUGUUAAAGAUUCGACCAAGACCCAUGUCUAAAUAUGGAGAGAGUCAGACUGUAAAACAGACUUUGCAGAGAACAGAAACCUUACCUCUGAAACACUGUACAGAAAAUGAGGUUUUCCUUGUAAAAAAAAAACAAUUUCAGU